AUGAAUACAGCUAAGGGGACAGACAGUUACAGACUACUAUUGAGAGGAGCCCAGCAACAGGUCACGCGGUCAACACUAAAACAAUACAAAAAAAUAUAACUAUUUAGUACUGAACCAGAAAUCUACUACAAUGCGACUCAGUUAAUUGAAGCGCGAGGUUUCAAAUGGGAGUCACAUUUGGUGACCACAGAUGAUGGCUAUAUUCUUCAGUUGUUUCGUAUUGUUAAUCCAUAUUUAAAGCCAAAUGAAUUGAAGGAAAGGCCGGUUAUCUUAUAUCACGGAUAUGCAGACAAUGCCGGCACUUGGCUUAAGAAUAGGAAGGGUAGCCUAAAUAGCAAAGGUAUCUAUAGUGAAGACAAUGGCAAAGUUGUCAACAAUUGUACUACACGUUUGACAUCGACACUGGCCUACACGUUGGCCGCUUGCGGUUGGGAUGUAUGGUUGGCCAAUAGCCGUGGCAAUCGGUAUUCAGACAAACACGUCAAUCUUACAACUAAUGACUUGAAAUACUGGGAAUACUCAUUGACUGAACAGUCCUUAAAUGAUGUCCCCGCAACUGUUUUUAAAGUACUUGAAAUUACUAGAAAAGAAACAUUAUCAUAUGUUGGACUAUCAUUGGCCACAACACAGAUGUUUAUAUUGCUAUCACUGAAACCCGAAAUGGAAAAAUAUUUUAAACCAUUCAUAGCAUUGGCACCGAUAGCUUAUUUAGGAAACACUAGAAGCCUGUACCGAGCACUGGCACCUAUUGUACCAUUAUUUAAUUCCGUAACAAUAGGUUUGGGUGUACCGGAACCGUUGAUACAGUUUAUUGGGAAAUUUAUUUGUGGCAAUUUUAUAUUAAAAUUUGCCUGUCUCAUCUAUUAUGAUGUAUUCUAUGGUAAAGAUAGUAAAAAUUUAGAUACGGAAAGAGUACCCGUUUAUUUGGCCACUGGGUUUGAUACAACAUCAUCGCGUAUAUACUUACAUUUUGGUCAACUAAUUUUGAGCAAUAGAUUUGCUAAAUACGAUUUCGGACUGAUUGACAAUCGGAAAAUAUACGGCCAGAUUCAUCCACCCGACUAUCCACUGGCUAACAUAACCUCACGGCAUAUCUAUAUGUUUAACGGAAUCAACGAUUUGUUGGCCGAUGAAACUGAUGUCAACAGAUUGGCUGCCAAUUUGAAAUAUUUACGUAAAUUGCAGACAAUUUCGUGGCCAUUGUGGACACAUAUAGACUUUAGUCUUGCAAAAGAGUCAAACAAAUAUCUGGAUCAGUAUGUUAUUCAGAUAUUAAGAUCAUAUAACUAA